CUGUCGCCAGCCGCCAUGGGGGUCACCGGUAGCGUCCCGGCCGCUCCCCUGGCCGCCACGGGGGUCACCGGCGGCACCCCGUCCGGUGCCCCCACUUGCGCCUCUGCCCCCCGCAACAAGCACUUGGCGCACGUCAGCGAUCCCCGCUCCCCCACCGCCGGCAUCCUGCGCACUCCCAUCGAGGUGGUGAGCUCUCCGACAGACAGCCCUCAGCCUGGCUCCGCCGAACAGGCAGCAGCCUCUGCCCAGGAACGGGACCCGCGCUCCCCCACGCCCGGCAUUUCCCGCACGCCCAUGAGAACCCCGUCGACUGAUAGCGUGGACCGCCUGGUGAGGCAGCUCAGCGAAGCCUUCGGGGCUGAGGCCGCGUCUCCGGAGCCCUCGCCGACUGCAGCAGCAGCAGCCUGCCCCACGGAGGAGCCUGCCCGGCAGACUACGCCGUCCGCCCCCUCGGGGGAUGAAGCGGAGAGGCCGCUUUCUCCUAGCGCGGCGCCGUCGCGGCCCGCCCGCUUUGCCGGGAGCAAGCCUGUAAGACCCAAGAACAACAAGGUCAUGGCUAACUCUGGAACUGGACGCUCUCCCCUCAGCAUCCUGCUGGAUGAUAAUUCUCCCAGUGCUCCUGCCUCUCGACAGGGUAAGAGGCAUGUGUUGGGCGAGAACAUUGGAGAGAAGAGGGAAGUGACAGUGGAUCUGAAUAGGAGCCUGAAAUCUGGGAACUGUGCUUGGAAUGACCUGAACAAAGAGAACCAACAGUGUCCUUUUGUGGAGAACUAAAGAUACUUUCUAGAAUCUUUCUGUGAAUUGCUUCUAUAUUUUGAGAGUUUUGUAGGGUGAGAAAUCCUGCAAUAGACUGAAAGUCCAGACUUGUGGUCACUCUUCUCACUUAUCUCUGUUGGGGAAAGAGCACAUUCUCUCUCUCUCCCCUAGCCUUCCAGUUCUUAUGUACAGUACAGAGUUUGCUGCUUCUAGUAUUUUAGCUGUAUUGACUUAAUCUAGAAUUCUUAUCUGAAGUAAAUAAAUUUAUAUUAAGCCUUU